AGUUUCAGGAUUAUAAGGAAGAAAUAAUGGAUAAUGAAAAGAAAGGAAACGGAGACAGGAAUGACCCGUUGGAUAUUAGUUCGAUAAAUUUCAGUAGUGAAGCAUACUUGAGUGAUUUAUUCCGGAAGAAGAAUUUGGAUGAAUUGGUUCAAGUAGAAGAAGAUAUGGUCCAUAAUGUUAGACGGCUUGAUUCCGAAAUGCAACAACUUGUAUACGAAAAUUACAACAAAUUUCUUACAGCAACAAGUACGGUGAAGAAAAUGCAAAAUGAUUUUAUGGAAAUGGGCCAAAAAAUGGAGAGUUUGUCGAAACGAAUGAGCAAAAUAGCGGCACUAUCGAAGAAUCUUUCUACAGCAUUUAGCAAACAUCGGACAAAUGUAUCACAGCUCUCUGAUGCUAAUAAGAAAGUGAAAGGCUUACAGUUUUUGCUAUGCUUGCCACAAAAGUUACAAGCCUUGGUCGAACAGAAGAAUUAUGAGGAAGCAGUGAAAAUUUAUUUAAGGGUACGAUCAUCUCUUUUGCUUUGCAAAGACAUAGCUUCAAUUUCUGAUAUAUAUGAUGAAACAAUUGCUAUAAUGGCGACAGUUCAAGACCAGCUGAAACAAAUCAUCUGUGGCUGUCUCAUUUCAUCUGAUGAACUUUCGGAAGCCAUAACUUUACUCCUCAAGUUAGGUGUAGAGCCGUCGAUUGUUUACAACGAUUUUCUAGCCAGUUGCAAGCGUAAUUUAAGUGAUCAACUUACAGUAAUGCGAGCACAGAGACAGGGCACAGCAGAUGUCCUGGAAUUCGUGGAUAAUUGUUGCAGCUCCUUCCUAACAGAUCUGUCACUGGUUACAACAAUAAAUCUGCGUUUUUUCCCCAACCAGGCAAUUGCGGGUGACGCAAUUGAAUUGAUGGAUUUGCUAAUGAAUCAGUUUGAAGAAGUUGUCAGGAUGCGUUUUUUGGAAGAAACAGAUGCUGCAGAGUGCGCUAUUGUUGUACGGGCGCUUGAUCGUUUUUACCGUCGUAUGUCAUCGUGCAACCAGCUUAUACGUGGCGUGGAUUAUUUACCAUUAUGCAUUUCCAUGUUAAAUAUCGUCUCAAGGCACGAAAUAGAACUUGCACAUGGUCAAGUCGUGGAACGUGUUGGUUCUUCUUUGCGGCAGAUUCAAAAAGAACUAACUGUACCGGGAACAUCUUUUUCGGAUACAUCAAUGUUAAACGACAUAAUUUCACGACUGGAACAUUCCCUUCUUGUUGAGAUAAAAACUGCCCUUGCAUCUUUGCUUCUUUUCACCGCUUCUGAUAUGACAUUUUCAUCACUUGAUCAAGCUCAGUUUUCACUUGGUUUUGGUAUCGAUGUUCACGAAUUAUUGGUUGUAAAAUCUCUAGAUGAAAUAGCGCAAUUAGGUCUAAAAUGCUGUGAUGUUAUGAAUCAAAGGACGCCAUCAUUGCCCGUUGUUUACAUCGUUCUAGCACAAUUUUUCAUCAAUAUUGAUAAUCAUUCAGUGGUUUAUAUCAUGAAUUUAUGCGAGGAACAAUUCAGAUUGGUAGCAGAGCGAGAAAAAGGCGAAAAGUCGCGAUUGAGUUCGGUUGAGAAUGUCAGAGUUCGUUUACGUACAACUGCUUAUGAACUUCUGAAAUACUGUGUCUACCUUCAGGGGAUUAAUACUUCUGAGGUUCUAAUACGUAGUAUUGAAUGUCGGGAUUGGUUAAGUUGUGCCGAACCAACAGCAGUUCGAUCAGCUGUGAAGCGUUUUAUCGAUGAUUUAGCUUCCAUCAAUUCAGCUAUUAAGCCUUUUAUGGAUGAAGGUACUCGUAAAGAACGAUUGUUAGAAGGCGGUUCAUCACGUUCACAUUCAAGGCGAACAUUCGAUACAUGUUCAAUCAGUUCAACGCUGGAUAAGUUAUGGUCCGAAAGGAUAGAUUUUUGUACAAAUGUGGAAUUCAAUCGAAUGUCGAUCUUGACAGCCAUUGUUAAUAUUGCUUUGAAAUCUUUUCUCGAGUGUGUCCGACUACAAACUUUUUCCCGAUUUGGUUUGCAACAAAUUCAGGUGGACUGUUGCUUUUUACGACAAAAUUUAUGGCGCUAUUUGUCGGAUGAACAAAUUGCGCUUUCGCUAACCGAUGAAAUUGUUUCAUCAGCAGUACAUCGUUCAGUAGAUCCAAAAUUGAUGGAACCCCUUACUGUUAAAGACUUGUGUGAUCGUUAA